AUGUUAAUAUCCACACUUUACUUUGUUUUAUUCUAUCAAGAAAUUGUGAGUGUUUUUAGUUGGGGACCGAUUGGUCAUAAUCUUGUUGCACGUCUUGCACAAAGUCAAUUAGAUUCAUCUACUAAUAAUUGGAUUCAAAAUUAUAUACCACGAAAUUUAUCAGGUGAUUUAAGUGCAAUUGCAUCAUGGCCUGAUAUAAUACUUUAUCCAAUGACAAAUCCACUAGACUACGAGAAUUGGCAAUGGUCUCUUGAAUUACAUUAUAUAAAUAUACCUGACUGGAGUUGUGAAUAUAUUUCAUCAAGAGAUUGUUUGAAUAAUAGAUGUCUUGAAGGAGCAUUAAAAAAUUAUUCACAAAGAUUAAUUGAUAAUAAUUAUGAUUAUGUACAACAACAACAAGCUCUUUUUUUUCUUGUUCAUUUUGUUGGUGAUGUACAUCAACCAUUACAUGGUGGAUUUAAAGGAGAUCUUGCGGGAAUAAAAACCACAGGUUUCUUUUUCAAUGAAGUAAAUCUAACAAAUCUUCAUAUAAUAUGGGAUGUUGAAAUAAUUAAUAUUCAUAUUAAUCGUCAUUUUCAAUCAGAUGUUAAUCUUUAUUAUCAAUAUUUGAAAUCUCUUAUGUUUAAUCAAUCUUUAUUAGUUAAUGAAACAUAUAAUGAUUAUAAAAAAUGGAUUGAUGAAAGUGUUGAUUAUGUUUGUAAACAAGUUUAUUUUGAUGAUAAUGAUAAUAAACUUGAUGUUUUAAAAAAAUUUGUAUUAGGUGAAAAGUAUUUCAAUCGAAAUUGGCCUCUUAUUGAUCAACGUUUAACACAAGCAGGUCGUCGACUUGCAUCAUUACUUAAUCAAUUAGAUAAAAAUCGAUCAUCAAAAAAACUUUCAUCAAAUAUUUUAGCUCUUAUUAUUGUUUUAUGUAUUGUAUUAUAUUUUGGUAUUAUUGUUAGUCUAAGUGUUUAUUUAUAUAGAAGGCACAAAAAAGGACAAUAUAAUGUUAUGACGCCUGAAUAA